ACAUUCCCUUAUAACAUGACACCACAGAAACCAAGCUUGGGCUACCUGUGAUGUUGGAGACCCUUUUCUGUUACUGACAUUAUUAGAACUAAGUCUUCACUUUUGGGAAAACAUUCCAAUUUUACUAUUUACCCUAUUCCCAAACAAAUACUGCUCCGAGAACUUGAGAGUCAUGUUCAGAGCGAAGGACUUGGUCAAGCUUGGUCGUCAGUUGAUUCAGGGCUACAAGAAAAGCUGUGAUUCCUUAUGUUCGCCAUGGAGUGUUCCACUAUGUUCCAAAGUCAACCUUUUCUCGAGUGAUAAUGGACUCAAAGUAGAAGAAGCCAAAAGAUUAAACUGGCAAGGUCGUGUGGAUCUUGCCGCUGCUUUUAGAGGCCUUGAAUCAAUGAACUUUCAUGAAGGUAUUUGUAACCAUCUCAGUCUGGUGGUACCGGCUUCCAAUGGCGAUGGUAAAGUAAUGUUAAUGAUACCGUACGGCUACCACUGGAGAGAGGCCAAACCAGAUUUAUUGGUUGGUGUGAACUCUAAGGGUGAAGUCGUUGAGGGACAGGAAGAAGUAGAAGCUUCAGCGUGGACGAUCCACUUGGGUAUUCAUAAAGCGAGGCCAGACGCUCUUUGUGUUUUUCAUCUUCACUCUCCUUAUGCAACUGCUCUAGGCAUACUGAAGGACUUGCCUUUCGACAUGUACCAUCAAACGUCUUGUUAUUUCUAUAAUGACUUUGCAUACGACCAAGACUACGGUGGACUGAGUUUGGACACAGAUGAGGGAGAACGCAUCGCAAAGCACAUCGGGAACAAAAGGGUCUUGUUUAUGUGUAAUCAUGGUGUAGUUGUCGUGGGGAAAACUGUGGCAGAAACUUUUAAUGACACUUACUAUAUUGAAAGGGCUUGUAUGCAUCAGGCGCUUGCCAUGUCUACAGGCCGAGAGCUACAGAGGUUACCAGAACAUGUAAUCAAGCAUACCAAGGACCAGUAUGACUUAGAACGUUUAUACUACAGUAAAUCCUUCUUUGAAAGCUUUAAGCGAAUCCUCGACAGAAAAGAAUAAAGAUAGUGGUUACUAGAUAGAAAAUAGGCAAUCGUGAUUGAAAUCGUCAGACCUAUAUAGGUACUUCAAAAAAGGUUUGUGAAGCCGGGUUUCAGAUUGCAUAAGGCAUUUUACAUUUUUCUCACUAAGCUAGAAAUGCAUUAUAUUCAUAUGUAAAUAAUAUCAUCAAAGAACUAGAAGUUAUGCCGGAAAACCUACAAACAAAGUUUCGGAAAUCUAAGUUUUGUUUUCCUUUUGCUGAUCGCAUUCACAUCACCCAUAAUGCAAUGAGGACGCCAACCUUUUUUGAAAUAGCUUUCUAUAAGCUGCCAUAUUUCUGCAACAGUCGUCUGCUUCCAAAUACAUUUGCCUACAUAAUUGGAUACCGUAUAGAGAAAGUAGAGUAAACAAAUCUUCCUAACAUGGAAAUUUAAUGGCAAAACUUUUAGCUCGAUCACUCAAUUUAAUCAAUGAUUAUUUAUUAUUCACCUUGCAGUACAAACAAAAAGACGAGCAUAGUAUAGCAAGCUUAAUUAAACUGUAAGAUUAUUUCAAGUUACUAAUUGAUAAUCACGAUUCUGUAGUCAUAGGAGACCAUAGGGUCCAUUCCUGUACAGACCAACACUCACGGUGUAAAAACAUCGAGUAGAAUUAGUUGCCUCCGGUCCUCUCUAUAAAUAGGGACCUUAAGCUGCAGGACGGCAACGACGACGACGUCGGCAAACAUACAAUAGGACUAAUUGCGCUAUUAAAUAGAUACUCGUUGGAAUGUACGAAAUACUAUGCAACAUUGCCGUCUUAUGCUGAAAGUAAGACGUGAAAUGUCCUAUUUUUACGUACUAAAGAGAACGGCUACGCCAAAAGCUUAUCUUUGCUGAUUGUCGUUUUAAGUAAAGCGUUCCCAAAAGACGACAUUUCACACUAAAACGGAGAUGCUUAUUGAGUAAAAUACUAGGUAAAGACGAAAUAAUACAAUAGAAGGUUAAAGCGCCUCAAUUUCGCCGACGUUUUCUCCACGUUGCCAUCCUGCAGCUUAUGAGCUUGAUAUGUCUUAUAGAUAAAGUACAUUGAAUAAGCGAAUAUAAUUAACUAAUUUAUCGCUUAAAAAGCAAUUACGACCUCUCUCUCUAUAUAUAUUUAUGUACGUCCCUUUUUCCAUGUCAAUCUUUUUCAUUAAACACAAUGAAAGAAAUUCAAUUCCUUCAA